CCCCCUUUCUUCACACUCAUCCUUCACGACCACCCUGAUCCAUCCAAGGACGAGCAAAGAACCCAUUUUCACACCAUCCAGCGCUAGCUCCUAACCUCAUCGAGCCGGCUAAGCAUUCGCACAUGGCGGACCAGCAGCUGCUGCCCGCGGUGCCGAGGUGGAAGCCGAGCCCGCCGCGACGGCAGAGCCAGCCGGACGACGCUGCCGGCGACGAGGCGGCGUCCGACCUAGGCGGCUCCCUGCGCAGCACCGACGGCGCCUCUUUCCCCUUCGGCAGCGGGAGUUCAUCGUUCCCGCCUCCUUCGUUCGUGCCCGUGCUGCCGACGAGCUCCUCGCUGGAGAUCAGCGUGGAGAACGGCGCGGACGGCCCAGGGCGCGGCGCCGCCGUGGCCCGCGAGCCGUCGCUGCGGCGAGUGGACCAGGGCGUGGUGCUUUCUUGGGAGGACCUGUGGGUGUCGGCGGACGGCGGCAAAGCCGGCCGCGUCCCCAUCCUCUGCGGCGUCAACGGCUACGCGCGCCCUGGCGAGGUCCUCGCCAUCAUGGGGCCCUCUGGCUGCGGCAAAUCCACCCUUCUCGACGCUCUAGCAGGACGUCUAGGCUCCAAUGUUAGCCAAAAGGGAGACAUCCUGAUCAAUGGCCGGAGACAGAAACUAUCCUACGGAACAUCGGCGUACGUGACGCAGGACGACGUGCUGAUGACGACGCUGACGGUGCGCGAGGCGGUGCUGUACUCUGCGCAGCUGCAGCUGCCGAGCUCCAUGUCGACGGCCGCCAAGCGCGACCGCGCCGAGGAGACGCUGCGGGAGAUGGGGCUGGAGGGGGCGGCGGAUACGCGCAUCGGCGGGUGGAUGCACAAGGGGAUCAGCGGGGGCCAGCGGCGGCGCGUCAGCAUCUGCAUCGAGAUCCUGACGCGCCCGGCGCUGCUAUUCCUCGACGAGCCCACCAGCGGCCUCGACAGCGCCGCCUCCUACCACGUCGUCAGCCGGAUCGCCAGGCUAGCGCGCCAUGAGGGGAUGACCGUCGUCGCCGCCGUGCACCAGCCCAGCACCGAGGUCUACGGCCUCUUCCACGGCCUCUGCCUCCUCGCCUACGGCAGGACAGUCUUCUUCGGCCCAGCCUCCGACACCAACCAGUUCUUCGCUCUGAGUGGGUUCCCCUGUCCGUCACUGAUGAACCCAUCUGACCACUUCUUGAGGACCAUCAACAAGGACUUCGACAAUGACAUUGAAGAAGGCCUUGGCGGGAAGAAGACGACCACCGCCCAGGCCAUCGACACGCUGGCGACCGCAUACAAAUCCUCCGUGCACAUGGAGAAGGUGACACGACAGAUCGUUGACAUACGCAGCACCGGAGGAGAGGUGGUGAAGAUGGAAGGGCAGCAGCCGAGCUUCCUCACGCAGUCCUUCGUGCUGACCAAGAGGUCCUUCGUCAACAUGUACAGGGACCUCGGCUACUACUGGCUCCGGUUUGGAAUCUACGUCGCGCUCUGUCUCUGCUGUGGCACCAUUUUCUACGACAUCGGACACAGCUACGGGUCCAUCCAGGCUCGUGGCUCCAUGCUCAUGUUCGUCGCCGCCUUCCUCACCUUCAUGGCUAUAGGAGGUUUCCCGUCUUUCGUGGAGGAUAUGAAGAUAUUCGGGAGGGAGAGGCUAAACGGGCACUACGGCGUGUCGUCGUUUGUGAUCGCCAACACCGUGUCGUCGACGCCCUACCUGCUGCUUAUCUCCGUGGUGCCGGGUGCGCUGGCCUACUACCUAGUGGGCCUGCAGAGAAGCUUCGACCACUUCGCCUACUUCGCGUUGGUGCUCUUCACGACCAUGAUGCUAGUGGAGGGCCUGAUGAUGAUCGUGGCCAGCGCGGUCCCUGACUUCCUCAUGGGCAUCAUCACCGGCGCCGGCAUCCAGGGCGUCAUGAUGCUCAACGGCGGCUUCUUCCGCCUGCCCCACGACCUGCCCAAGCCCGUGUGGCGGUACCCAAUGUACUAUGUCGCCUUCCACAAGUACGCCAACCAGGGCUUCUACAAGAACGAGUUUCUGGGCCUCACCUUCCCCAACAAUCAGGCCGGCAGUGCCGCCACCAUCACCGGUGGCGAGAUCCUCAGGGACUAUUGGCAAGUGGAGAUGGGGUACAGCAAGUGGGUGGACCUUGCCAUCCUGUUCGGGAUGGUUAUACUGUACAGGGUGCUUUUCUUGGCCAUCAUGAAGACUACCGAGAAGGUGAAGCCCAUGGUUAAGGGGCUCAGGUUCAGGAGCACCCAGCCAUCUGUCCACGUCGCCCAGAAUGGCUCUGGUAGCCCAUGAUGCAAAGAUCUUAGAGAGCAAGAUGGUUUUGUAUGCAGAGGAGGUCACUUUAGAAAAUGAAUGAACUGAGUGUCAUGCAGUCUUAGUGUUCGGCGGUGUAUUUGAGUAUGAAAUCUUGUCAAAUUCGCAUUGGCAGAACGAUAUGAUCAUUAUUCUUUACAGAAAUGUAAUUAGUUUGUAGGCUGGCCAUAAGCUACAUGAUUUGUCAAUAUAUGUUCUAGCAGUGUCGUGCAGUUUGUAGUGGACA